AUGGCGGCCCGAUAUAUCGUGUGUCUGAACAGACAGGGUAAGGUACGGAUGAGUAAAUGGUACGAGAGGACGGGGGUGGCGGAGCAGCGGGCUACGAUAGGGCGGAUCCACCGUCUGAUCCAGCGGCGGCUGCAGUUCCGGUCGUGCAACAGCGUGGAUUUCGGGGCAGACACGCAGCUGGUGUUCAAGAAGUACAACGGGUUGUACUUUGUGGUGUGCGUUGGGCGGGAGGAGAACGGGCUGCUGUACCUGCAGGCGAUCCCGCUGUUUGUGCAGCUGCUGGACCGGUACUUCGACACGGUGAGCGAGCUGGACCUGGUGUUCAACUUCUACAAGAUGCACCGGGUGCUCGACCUGGUGUUUGUGGACGGGGAGCUGGUUGCGACCAAGACGGAGGCGGUUCUGGCGCAGCUUGGCCGGAUGUGA